AUGUUUGCUGCACUCGGUACGAAUAAUACGUUGGGAACAACUGUCGUCUCCUCCUCGUCUGCCUCCUCUUCCAACAUCAAGAGAAGAAGAAGCAACGUGAAAUGCGCAGCUUCGUCGUCAGAGCGUCGUCAUCGAUCGGAUAAAGUACAAAACAAUUUCAAUGAAAAGAAACAACAGACGAGAAGAGAGGUGAUGAAAUUCGCCGCGCUCGCGCCGGCGUUGUUUUCUGCCUUACCGGCCGUGGCUAUUUUACAAGGGAACGACGAGGAAGACGAAGCGUUCUUGGCCAAGGCGAAAGCGAACAGAAACGCGAAAUUACAGGACGAGAGAAGCAAGCAGGCGAAAUACGCGGGCGAGAAACUCGGUCGAUCGACCGGCGACGUCGCGGCGUUGCAACUCGCGGUUUAUAAAAUCUCAAAGGCGGGUAGUUUAAUCGAUCAAGACUCGAUUUAUGGCGCUGGAGCGGAGUUGGAGUCUGGGAAUUGGGAGAAAGAGUUGGCCAAGUCUGAGUUUGGAACGGAUGCGUUGACCUCGACGGUGGGAGCGUUGAAGAAAGCGUGCGCAUCGGGCGAUGCGAACGGGGCGAAGAAAGCGUACGUCUCUACCGCGAGCGCUUUGAAGGAAGCUGCAAACGCAGCAGGAGUCGCGGCCCAGUUAAAGAAACUUUAA